UCACCUAUACCUAUUGGCGCGGUCUUCGAUAAAAGCACGGACGAGAUACAAGAUGCCUUCAAGCUCGCCGUUAUUCAGUUCUCUAAUGCCAACAAAACUCGCUGGGAGUUUCAACUUUACGUCGAUGUUAUAAACACAGCCGACGCCUUUAAGUUGUCACGACUCAUUUGCAACCAGUUCAAUCGGAACGUGAUAUCCAUGCUGGGUGCGGUGAUGGCUGACUCCUUUGACACUCUUCACUCCUACACUAACACCUUCCAGCUGCCUUUCAUCACGCCCUGGUUCCCCGAAAAGGUGAUACCACCUUCGUCAGGCCUGAAAGACUACGCAGUGAGCAUGCGACCGGACUAUCACCAAGCUGUAAUAGAUACGAUCACUUACUACGGAUGGAAAAAUGUCAUUUUCAUCUACGAUUCGCAUGAUGGUCUGCUUCGCCUCCAACAGUUGUACGAACGACUACAACCCGGUAAUGCAACGUUCCGCAUUUCGAAUGUAAAACGCGUCACGAAUGCCACAGAUGUUGUUGAGUUUCUUGGCGCACUGGAGAAGCUCGACCGUUGGACCAACAAAUACGUUGUGCUCGACUCCUGUACACGAAUAGCAAAAGAAACACUGAUUUUGCACGUACGUAACGUACAACUUGGCCGCAGGAACUACCAUUACUUCUUAAGUGGCCUGGUUAUGGACGAUCGCUGGGAGAAACAAGUCACCGAAUUCGGCGCUAUAAAUGUUACAGGAUUUCGUGUCGUAGAUUUUUCUCGAAAAUUCGUUCGAGACUUUUCUGAUAUGUGGAGAAGGGGCACUAUAUCGGCACAAGCUGCUUUGAUGUACGAUGGAGUCCAAGUUCUUAUUGAUGCUAUAUUUCGUUUACUGCGAAAGAGGCCAGACAUCUUAAGAGGACUGACACGACGAAGUGCCAGCAGUAGUUCCAACAAAACUCUGGACUGCUAUCCCAAGGUUGGAACCGGGACUUAUGAGAUCGGAGACAAGAUCUCAAGGUUGAUAAAAAAGACGGACUUAGAAGGAUUGACCGGCCCUCUCAAGUUUAACGAUAGAGGUAUUCGUCGCAAUUUUAGCCUUGAAGUGGUGGAAAUGACUGUUGCAGGGGAAAUGGUGAAGAUUGGUACAUGGUACGACUACAAAGGCUUGAUCACAAAGAACGAAGGGCCAGGAGCAAAAAGCCCUGCUGGCAAAUACAAUCGUAACAAGACAUACAUUGUGUCCACUAUUGAAGAACCUCCCUACGUGAUUCGUGAUCUAGAACCAACUGUAACUUAUCCGUUCAGAGGCUUUUGUGUUGAUCUCACCCACAUGAUUUUUGAGAGACUGGAGAUUACUUAUGAACUGCGCACAGUUAAAGAUGGUAAAUACGGUAAAGAGAAUACCAAAUUUGCUGGCGGCUGGGACGGAAUGGUCGGAGAACUUUUAAGGAAGGAGGCAGAUUUAGUGAUUGCCCCAUUGAUAGUUACUGCAGAUAGAGAACGUGUGAUUGAGUUCAGCAAACCAUUUUUGUCUUUCGACUCAAAACCGGAGAGACCUGAAUUCGAGAACGGAAGCACAAUAUUUACCUUUCUUAAUCCGCUGUCUAAAGAGAUAUGGAUUUGCAUCUUAUUCAGUAUAUUUGCUGUAAGCAUCGUACUAUUUCUUGUGUCGAGAUUCUCUCCUUCCGAGUGGCGCCUCGUAUCUGUUACAGAUUCACAAUCGAACGAACACAAUGAAGUCGCUACCAUCAAGACGACAGUUAUAAAUGAAUUCAGUUUCUGGAACUCUAUUUGGUUUUCGAUCGGUUCCUUUAUGCAACAAGGCAGUGAUAUCUCUCCGAGGUCUCUCUCUGGACGUAUAGUUGGGGCAGUUUGGUGGUUUUUUACAUUGGUUGUAAUAUGUUCGUACACAGCUAAUCUGGCGUCGUAUUUGACAUUGGCUCGUAUAUCUGAACCAACACAGCUAUACAAUAAAAUAACUACUUGCCCUGAGGACUUAAUUUACGGACAGCAAGAACCUGAACCCACUGAACCGCCUACAACAGAAUCUACCGGAAUUGUUGACGAGCAUGGUUGGCUAGCUUUCCUAUUAGAUCGUUCAGCUAUGCGUUUGAAACGGAACAAUAUAGACAAACCGUGCGAGAUGAUGGUAACCACUACUAAACCAGGAAUCUUAGACUUCGCCAUCGGUUUUCCAAAGGGAUCGGAACUGAGGGAUGGAGUAAAUAUAAUCUUACAAAAUAUGCGGAAAGAGGGUGAUUUACAAAUGCUUCUUCGCAAAUGGUUUAUCAAGACUGAAUGUGAUAUUCAAGAUCAGACUUUGCAUGGACUUGAACUAACAUUGGGACAAAUUGCUGGACUGUUUUACAUUUUGAUGGGUGGUUUGCUACUGGCAUUAGUCGUUGCACUAUUUGAAUUCUUCCAAUACGGUCGUGUUGAAGCGGCUCGAGCUAAUAUACCACUGCGUGCAGCAUUUAAAGCCAAAUCGAGAUUGCCAAACCGUCCCGAAAUUAAAACCACCCAACGUCCUGCCCCGCAACGUGAUCAAGAUCGCCUCGACUGGAGCAGCGGACCGUACUCUGGAGUAAGCUAUUACACUCCGGCCAACCAGAUCGCUCAGGAGGAGACUGCCCUGCACGCCUCUUUCACACAAGUCUGA